UCUUCAACACUAGACUCUCAUUCUUCACUUUUCUUCUUCACUCUGAAACUCUCUAACAUGCCCUCUUCUUUGUCUCUCUCCUUCCAAACCCAAAAUCCCAAAUCCAAUCCCCAGAAAUGGCACAUCCCACAAAACCAACAUCUGCCUUUUCCCUUUCUUCCAACUUUACCCCCAAAACCUUUUCAAAUUUACAUCCAACCCUUCCCUCCAAACCCAACAAAACCUUCUACUUAAAAAUCCUCUCCUCUUCAAACCCCACAAAAUCUUCACCUUCUCCCGCCAAAAGCCUCAUCUCGAUCCUCCGCGUCGUACCCGACUGGGCCGACGGGGUCAAGGAGCGCGGGAUGAAACAGAACCGGACCUUGUACAACCAUGAGAAGUGGGUCCACCACCGGAGCUCCCUCCGCCACGUCCGGCACCUCCUGUCCAGCCUGUCCUCCCGGGUGAUCCUCUCACUCGUGCCGCCCGUGAUCGCCUUCACGUCGUUUGCCGCGGCCAUCGCGGGCUACAACUACGCGGUUUUGGCGGACUGGUUGCCGGAGUUCUUCCCGGUCUUGAGGGCCUCGUCGCUGCCGUACCAGCUCACGGCACCGGCAUUGGCGCUGCUGCUGGUGUUCAGAACAGAGGCGUCAUAUUCGCGGUUCGAGGAAGGGAGGAAGGCUUGGACUAAGGUGAUUGCUGGGGCGAAUGAUUUCGCCGGGCAGGUGGUUGUAGGGGUCGGGAGUUCUUCCGGCGAUGCGCCGAUCAAGAAGGCUCUUUUGCAGUACAUUAUGGCAUUUCCGGUUGCCCUUAAGUGUCAUGUAAUUUAUGGCUCAGAUGUUGCAGCAGAUCUCAAAAACUUGCUUGAAGUAGAUGAUCUGGUGGUCGUUCUAAACUCGAAACACCGUCCCCGCUGCGUUAUUCAGUUUAUAAAACAAAGCCUAAAGAUGCUGAAAUUGGAAGAAUCAAGGAGAAAUAUGUUGGAAUCAAAAAUCUCAUGCUUUCAUGAAGGAAUUAGUGUUUGUGAACAACUCAUAGGCACUCCGAUCCCUCUCUCGUAUACUCGCUUGACAUCGAGGUUUCUCGUUCUCUGGCAUCUAACUCUCCCUAUCAUACUAUGGGAUGAAUGCCACUGGAUUGUCGUUCCUGCUACUUUUAUCAGUGCUGCCUCUUUGUUCUGCAUAGAAGAAGUUGGUGUUCUUAUAGAGGAGCCAUUUCCGAUGCUGGCCCUCGACGAGCUCUGCAAAUUGGUUCAAAAGAACAUUCACGAAGCCACUGCGACCGAAAACCAAAUUCAAAAGCUGCUUGAUGCCAAAAGAAAGAUAAAGUUUGAGCAUCAUUCAUCAAAUGGUCAGCCAAAAUAGUAGUUAGAUGGGAAACUUGGGUAAAAUUAUGGGCACUACUUCGCAUUGUUGCGUACACGAUUUUUGAAUUUUGCACUCAGCUAGAACUUGUGAUCAUUUGUGCCCUUAGGCCUUAGCACUGAGAGAUGUAAAUAUGCUACAUUAACAUUGUAUAUAAACAAGAAAAUACCAUGUAUGAGAAAAUUUAUGUAUAUAUACGUUUUAUUUAACAAAAUGGAAACCAAAAAAAGAGGACAAGAGGUGUCUGAGCCCGGGUUAGAACCGGGGACCUCUAGUGUGUGAGACUAGCGUGAUAACCAACUAUACCACCCAGACAUUCUAAAUGCUGAUGCUAACUUUAGGUCAUACAAAAAUACUAAUAUUGUUCUUACGGGAUAGAACCUCCUCCUCCUCCUCCCAGACAUUCUAAAUGCUGAUGCUAACUUUAGGUCAUACAAAAAUAUUAAUAUUGUUCUUACGGGAUAGAAUAUCCUCCUCCUCCUCCU